AUGGCGCCCCCAAGAGUUAUUCAUCACGAUACCUCAAUCGUUCAUACCCCAGAAUAUGAGGAUUUUAUCGCAAAGCUCAGAGUCUAUCAUGAAAAAAGAGGAACGCAUUUCGAUCCUGAACCACGAGUUGGAACCAAGACUAUCGACCUUUUACAUCUUUACAAUACUGUAAUUGAGCGCGGUGGCUAUGAUAAAGUCAGCGAUGAGAAGCUUGCAUGGAGAAAGCUUGGUUCAGAUUUCAACUUGGGAGCUAAUAAUUUACCUGCGCUCGCAUUUAGUCUCAAAACGACUUAUUAUAAAUACCUAGCCGCAUAUGAAAUCUCGACUUUUCAUGGCAAGGUGCCACCUCCUCGUGAAAUUUUAGAAGACACAACGGCUAAGGGUGGGGGACUUCUUUUUCGGACUAUGGACAAUUUUCGACCCUCAAUUCGCAGAGAAACUGGCAUGCUUGGUACUGAAAAUUCAGAGGCUUCUGGCGACGAUGGCACACCUGUGCGCGACAGGAAUGGAAGUGAAGAAACGCCGGGCUCUGGAGGCAGAGUGACUCGAGGUCUGCGACAAGCUCCUCCACAGCGGGUAUUAUUCCAACCUGAUACACAACCAUCUCGACAAGUUCGACAACAUCCUUCCGCAACUUCCCAUCCACCUCCAACCCCACAGCACCACUUACCCCAACAGCAAACACCAUCACAUUCGCAUCAACAUCAUAUGCCACGAGUCGGCGGCCCCUACUCGCACAACCCUUCCUCUGGUACAGAAAGUAUGUCACUCGCGGUUGCAAGUUACGAGCCUCGGCUCCAAAUGCCAUUGACACUCCGUCCUAUAAUCACCCCAGGAAAUAACCCUGUUGAGUUUGCGCGGCGCCAAAAAGCUUUGAAAGAUGCAGCUGCAGCUGCAGAAGGUACCAAAAGUAAUGCAAUUCCUAAGGGGAUGAUGUUGCCCGGCACUGGCUUUGAUGGACCUAAUAUCUAUGUUCGUUGCCUCUGUUCUUUGAGAUCUGGUAUCAAAGAGGAGCAAGAUUACGCUCUGCACCACCUGGUUAAGAUCUCGAUGGAGCGUGGUGAUAAAUACAAAUUCGAAGGAUUUCCAGGUUUGGCCGAAGCCCUCAUCGAGAAAAUGCUCGAAAUCGGUUCAUUGUUUUACGAUGUACAUUGGCGGAUAUCCUACACGGAAGAUGGCGAAAUGGUCUCCACCACUGAUACAAUCAAUGGUUUAGAAGGCACACCAGAUAUACUGGAAAGAAUCAAACGUUUAGCUAAGCUGCCAGUCGACGAUAACAUUCAAACCGAGGAAUUUAGUGACACUCUUCUUCAGAUCAAUGAGGCAGCAUUGACCAUGAGAAAUAUGGUCAUGUUAGAAGAGAACGCCUUUUACGUAUCAGAACUUGCACCUCUACGAGAUUUUCUCAGUAUUGCCUUAAACCUCCCCAACUCCGACACUGUUGUAGAAUUAAAACACUACGCUUUAGAUAUUGCCGAGCAGCUUACCAAAUAUCUUCACUUCGAGGUUGGAGAUCCCCUUUAUCUUUCACUUCUCAAACAAUUGGAUUCACAGGACCGGGGCGCUAUUUUGACUUCGCUGAGAGCCAUUAGCAGAAUAUCAAUGAAUCUGGAGGAGAAUAAUCUUCUUAAAGGUGUACCAGCAUCAGCUGUACAAAACAUCAUCGAUUGGACCUUAUUAAAUGACGAAGAUCUCGCCCAUGCUUGUUUAGACUUCCUCUAUCAAUAUACGGCUGUUGUCGAGAAUGUGGAUUACUUGAUCACAGAGGUAAAAGCAGAGCCACUAGUCAAACAGUUGACGCGACUCCUCAUGCAUGGGGCUCGCAUCAUCGAAAAGGAGUUUAAUCUAGGUACGCAAUACAGAAAACCUGCACCUUCGGAAAUUGCGCCUAUCCCACAAGACUUACUUCUCGAAAUUUCCAAGUUCGAGGAACCAGAGCGGAGCUCACGUUGGUUACGUUGUCUUUACGAAGAAGAUCCUGAUGAAUCUAUCACGCAAAUCGCCUUGUGGCACGCCUAUCAACAACAGUUUAGUUACCUGGCUACGGCAACAUCAAAGGCACUUCUACCUGCUGCAGAUUUUAUCAAGAAUGUGAGCACAACCUUCGGCGACAAGGCGAAUGCCCAGGUUCAAAAUGGCCCAGUGACAAAAUUUAUCAUCAAAGGAAUUCGAUGCCGCAUUGAGCCAAUAGAUCUACAAGGGGAGACAUACACCAAAUGCUUGUGGCGCACUCAUCUUGGACGACCUUGCGGAGAAUUCUUCAUGACCCCUGAGGCAGGCUAUCAGCAUAUCCUCAGAAACCAUUUUGGAGCCCAACUCAAUGCAGAGAACAAAUACGUAAAUUCAGCUGCAAGCCAACAAUAUGUGUGUGCAUGGGAUACGUGUUCUCGCUUUCGUUCCUCCCCAGCCACCAAACUAUCAGAAGUUGCUACUCAUAUCAAAGUCCAUCUCCCUCCUAAGCGCACUCUUGCUAGCGAGCGCGAAUCCCAGGAACCUUCUGGUCCACCUCCAGCCAAGAAACACAAACCUUCAUAUAUCGUCCAGCCACCUCGUAUCAGCUUCAAAUACCACUAUACAGCUGUUGAUGAACAUAAUGAUGCAGCAGGUAUUCCACUGAGUGCAGUACUAGUUCUCCGGAAUCUGGCGAGGAAUGUUAGUAAAACCGAAGCAGAGGAGACUGCUCUCAAGGAGGGUGAAGUUCCUUGGGUUGACCGAUUGUUUAAACCGGUGGAGCCGAGAUUGUUUGCUAUUUAUGCGCACAAUAAGAUUUUGGCAACUUACAUGACAGAUCUUCUCGUUGCAAUCAAGGAUACGCAGAACUAA